GCGGUUAGUGAGGCGCCUAGAGACGGCCAUUUCCAACUAGCCGGCGGGGGCAGAAGAUGGCGACGCCCCUUGGGUGGUCGCAGGGGGGGUCGGGGUCGGUGUGUCUCGCCUUCGAUCAACUGCGGGACGUGAUCGAAUCUCAGGAGGAACUGAUCCAGCAGCUGAGGAACGUGCGUCUAAGGCAGCGCCAUGCUGAAUGCAGUAAGCACAGCCCCAGGCCCUCCCUGAGCCAGGCUCUGUUGCAGAUGGUUCUCCAGGACGAAAAUUUUGUCAGUAAAGAAGAGUUCCAGGCAGUGGAAAAGAAGCUGGUGGAAGAGAAAGCUGCUCAUGCCAAGACCAAGGCCCUCCUGGCCAAGGAAGAGGAGAAGUUGCAGUUUGCCCUCGGAGAGGUUGAGGUGCUGUCUAAACAGCUGGAGAAAGAGAAGCUGGCUUUUGAAAAGGCUCUGCCUGUCAGCCUUCCCACUGUUUAUCUUCUCCACUCAGGCUCUCCAGUGUCAAGAGCAGAGCCCUGCAGGAAACCAGUAAGAAGGACCAGCUUAUCACCAAGUGCAAUGGAGCUGCCUCCUUGAAGGUAGGGGACCCUGUCUUUUCCCCUUGUGAAGCCCUAGCACAGGACUGGAUACCUCAAUAGGUCUGGUUGGAUUGAGAUGAUGAAACUAAGUGAUGUUUUUAAGUCCUAAACCCCCAGAGUGUAUCCUGUCCAUUCAUUCCCCAAAUAAAUUCAUUGUGUCCCAUCCAUGUGCCAGGUACUAUUUUAGGCCUUAGGGUUAAAGCAGUAAAUUGAAAAAAUCUUUAUCCUUGUGGAUUUCAUGGAUAUAAAUCCAACUUGGGAAGAAGAUAGGUGAGUAAAAUAUAUGGUAUGUUAGCUAUAAGUGCUAAGAAGAAAAAGAAAGCAGGAAAAAGGGAUAGAAACUACUGAGAGGGAUUGAUACUUUUAGAUUGGGAAGGGUCUUACCAAGGAGGCGAUAUUUGUAAAGAUUGGCAGGAGUUAAGGGCAGGAGCCAUUCAUCCUCCUGCCUUUGGGCAGCACUGUCCACCUCUCUGCAGGAGCCUUCGCCUGCCCUCAUGUGGGUCACCUGGUCCAGAAUAGAGUUGUGAAAUCACUGACACACAUCAGACAUUGCGCCCCUUAGCCACCAUCCUGUCAAAACUCCAUAAUAAACUCAUUCUUACUAA